AUUUAAAUCGUCCUACAUCUCAUUCGGAUGUUCGAUUUUUUUUAUUCAAAAAGUAUCAAUCUUUUAAUAUUUCUGGCCAGAAGUUCGAGGUUUAUGAGUGUAUCUUUUUUUUCCAGACAGGGAAUGUUGAAAUUUUUCUUCAAGCUGGUUAUUGUUUGAACACGAGGGUAUUGCCUUUAGCAUAUGAAUUUGGAGUGGCCAUGAUGAGCUGUGACGGUCUAAGAACCAUCGCUACAUGUUGUUACAUCUAAAGGUAGGGAGAAUUUUGGCAUUUAUUUAUCGUAUCUUACUCCAAAUAUCCUGCUUAUCGUAUCUUAGAGUCUCUCGAAAGUAUCAUGUGCACUGCUGGUCUUUCGUAAGGAAAUAUGUAACAUAGAAGGAUAAACAAGAAAGUAAAUGCUCGUAAAAUUAGAACACUUUAAAUAAGGCAAUUUAUUUUACUUCGUUGUUAACGGAUCUCCAGGUGCCAAUUUUAUCACGUAAAUGGUCCAAAAACACGCAUCCUUUAUGUUCCUAAGAAAAUUUCACUGAUGCCCCUCUAAAGACCUAGAAUUUGAAGCACUCACUGACUCACUCUGAUAAUGAAGACGUGUUUGGAAUUAACGAACUCUCAAAUAAUAUCUAAGCUUAGCCGAUUUGUUGCUUGAAUAAUUUUCUAUCAUUCGCGGUAGAAAUGCUUCAGAAUCUUCGUGCCGUUUUGAAUUAUGUUGUAUUUCCCGUUUAUAAAUGGAACAUUAUCACAGUGUUUAAAACUAACGUUUUGUUUCGUCAUAGAUUGGUCGGCGACGUCGAAGUUAGAUCAAAUAAAGAUCAAGGUUACGUUCUACUCCCACCAAUUGCCACCAGUCCACAAAAAAUCGCCAAGCCUACGAAUUUGAAAAGCUUUCUUAGAUAAUUCCUGAUGCAGCUAUUAAAGAGGAUCAGAAGGAGAUUUUAUUUUUAUUUUGCAAGCAUUUUCAUACUUGCCGCAAUUUUAUUCAGCAUUUUUUACAAUCAGCCACAGUCUGAAGAUUUAGCGACCGUUUUUACGCUCACCGAGACUGAACAGAGCUUCGACUUGUUAUCUCCUCCGACGCAAAGCAAUGACAUACUCUACAUUGCCGACACGAAAAACGAUUGGGAGCAACGUCUUCCGAACACGCUUAUCAUCGGCAUAAGGAAAGGAGGAACCAGGGCGCUGAUCAAUUCUCUAUCGCGUCACCCCAACGUAAGAGCAUGUUAUAGAGAGUUGCACUUCUUUGACCGCCAGGAGAACUAUCAUCUGGGGUUGGACUGGUACAAAACCCAAAUGCCGCUGUCUUUGAGAAACCAAAUCACAGUCGAGAAAACGCCUGCCUAUUUUGUAACAGAUGACGCCCCACGACUUGUUCAUCAAAUGUCCUCUUCUGUUAAGCUGUUGGUGGUAGUUCGUGAUCCAACAGUGCGUGCGAUUUCAGAUUAUGCACAGUUGUCUGACAAAAAGCAUGGUACCCUGAGACCCUUUGAGGAAUACGUAACUGAAGAUUCGCAGCACCGUGUUCUUCGAGCAUCGAGUACGAUAGUCACCACUGGCUUGUACAUGAAUCAUUUGAGAAGAUGGUUGGAAUAUUUCCCCCUUGAGCAAAUUCACUUCGUUAACGGCGGAGAGUUGGUUAAAAACCCCGUCAAUGAGAUGAAAUCCGUUGAGAAAUUUUUGGGCUUGGAGCCGUUUAUCGACGAAAAGUUAUACUACUUUAAUGAAACAAAGGGUUUCCCAUGCUUAGUACCAGUCUCUCAAGAGGGAGACGACGAAGCUAAAUCUGGUUGCUUGUCGGAAACCAAGGGACGACCACACCCCUCUAUCAAUGAAGAUGUGGUAACGUUGCUUCGUGACUUCUAUAGGCCAUUCAACGUAGAAUUUUACAAAGCUGUAGGGAAAAACUUUGGAUGGCCUUAG